AUCACCAACUCCUCCUUCUCCUCAGGCCAGGCUUUUAAUCAGGCUCCCCGCGUGCAGUCAGAGAGGGCAAAGCCAGCUCCCGUCUCAGCCUCCCGUAGGAAGAUCUCCCGGCCUCACCUGAGCGCCCCGCAGCCCUGGGUACCUCUGCUCCCGCCCAGGGUCCUACGGCCCCUCCCAGCACCCAACACUGGGACCCCACCUGUACCUAGGCUGGCCUCCCUGCCCCGCAGUUUCCUUUGCAGCCGCCGUCCCCGGGUCUCCAGGCGUGGCCACACCUCCCGGGGCCCCGCAAGGGUUAAGGCAGCAGAGACGAGAGGUUUGGGCUGACGUCGCUCUGGCUGAAGGUGGUUCCCCUCAGAUGAGGAUGGGAGAGCCUGGCGAGCUGAAACCCGAGCUCCCGCUCAGCUGGGGCUCGGGGAGGUCCCUGUAAAACCCGCCUGCCCCCGGCCUCCCUGGGUCCCUCCUCUCCUCCCCAGUAGACGCUCGGGCACCAGCCGCGGCAAGGAUGGAGCUGGGUUGCUGGACGCAGUUGGGGCUCACUUUUCUUCAGCUCCUUCUCAUUUCGUCCUUGCCAAGAGAGUACACAGUCAUUAAUGAAGCCUGCCCUGGAGCAGAGUGGAAUAUCAUGUGUCGGGAGUGCUGUGAAUAUGAUCAGAUUGAGUGCGUCUGCCCUGGAAAGAAGGAAGUCGUGGGUUAUACCAUCCCUUGCUGCAGGAAUGAGGAGAAUGAGUGUGACUCCUGCCUGAUCCACCCAGGUUGUACCAUCUUUGAAAACUGCAAGAGCUGCCGAAAUGGCUCAUGGGGGGGUACCUUGGAUGACUUCUAUGUGAAGGGGUUCUACUGUGCAGAGUGCCGAGCAGGCUGGUACGGAGGAGACUGCAUGCGAUGUGGCCAGGUUCUGCGAGCCCCAAAGGGUCAGAUUUUGUUGGAAAGCUAUCCCCUAAAUGCUCACUGCGAAUGGACCAUUCAUGCUAAACCUGGGUUUGUCAUCCAACUAAGAUUUGUCAUGUUGAGUCUGGAGUUUGACUACAUGUGCCAGUAUGACUAUGUUGAGGUUCGUGAUGGAGACAACCGCGAUGGCCAGAUCAUCAAGCGUGUCUGUGGCAACGAGCGGCCAGCUCCUAUCCAGAGCAUAGGAUCCUCACUCCACGUCCUCUUCCACUCCGAUGGCUCCAAGAAUUUUGAUGGUUUCCAUGCCAUUUAUGAGGAGAUCACAGCAUGCUCCUCAUCCCCUUGUUUCCAUGACGGCACGUGCGUCCUUGACAAGGCUGGAUCUUACAAGUGUGCCUGCUUGGCAGGCUAUACUGGGCAGCGCUGUGAAAAUCUUCUGGAGGCUGGGAAGUCCAAGAUCAAGGCGUCAGAAGAUUCAUUGUCUGUCCUUGAAGAAAGAAACUGCUCAGACCCUGGGGGCCCAGUCAAUGGGUACCAGAAAAUAACAGGGGGCCCUGGGCUUAUCAAUGGACGCCAUGCUAAAAUUGGCACCGUGGUGUCUUUCUUUUGUAACAACUCCUAUGUUCUUAGUGGCAAUGAGAAAAGAACUUGCCAGCAGAAUGGAGAGUGGUCAGGGAAACAGCCCAUCUGCAUAAAAGCCUGCCGAGAACCAAAGAUUUCAGACCUGGUGAGAAGGAGAGUUCUUCCAAUGCAGGUUCAGUCAAGGGAGACACCAUUACACCAGCUAUACUCAGCGGCCUUCAGCAAGCAGAAACUGCAGAGUGCCCCUACCAAGAAGCCAGCCCUUCCUUUUGGAGAUCUGCCCAUGGGAUACCAACAUCUGCAUACCCAGCUCCAGUAUGAGUGCAUCUCACCCUUCUACCGCCGCCUGGGCAGCAGCAGGAGGACAUGUCUGAGGACUGGGAAGUGGAGUGGGCGGGCACCAUCCUGCAUCCCUAUCUGCGGGAAAAUUGAGAACGUCACUGCUCCAAAGACCCAAGGGUUGCGCUGGCCGUGGCAGGCGGCCAUCUACAGGAGGACCAGCGGGGUGCAUGAUGGCAGCCUACACAAGGGAGCGUGGUUCCUAGUCUGCAGUGGUGCCCUGGUGAAUGAGCGCACUGUGGUGGUGGCUGCCCACUGUGUUACUGACCUGGGGAAGGUCACCAUGAUCAAGACAGCAGACCUGAAAGUUGUUUUGGGGAAAUUCUACCGGGAUGAUGACCGGGAUGAGAAAACCAUCCAGAGCCUACGGAUUUCUGCUAUCAUUCUGCAUCCCAACUAUGACCCCAUCCUGCUUGAUGCUGACAUCGCCAUCCUGAAGCUCCUAGACAAGGCCCGCAUCAGCACCCGAGUCCAGCCCAUCUGCCUCGCUGCCAGUCGGGAUCUCAGCACUUCCUUCCAGGAGUCCCACAUCACUGUGGCUGGCUGGAAUGUCCUGGCAGACGUGAGGAGCCCUGGCUUCAAGAACGACACACUGCGCUCUGGGGUGGUCAGCGUGGUGGACUCGCUGCUGUGUGAGGAGCAGCAUGAGGACCAUGGCAUCCCAGUGAGUGUGACUGAUAACAUGUUCUGUGCCAGCUGGGACCCCACUGCCCCUUCUGAUAUCUGCACUGCAGAGACAGGAGGCAUCGCGGCUGUGUCCUUCCCGGGACGAGCAUCUCCUGAGCCACGCUGGCAUCUGAUGGGACUGGUCAGCUGGAGCUAUGAUAAAACAUGCAGCCACAGGCUCUCCACUGCCUUCACCAAGGUGCUGCCUUUUAAAGACUGGAUUGAAAGAAAUAUGAAAUGAACCAUGCUCAUGCACUCCUUGAGAAGUGUUCUGUAUAUCCGUCUGUACGUGUGUCAUUGCGUGAAGCAGUGUGGGCCUGAAGUGUGAUUUGGCCUGUGAACUUGGCUGUGCCAGGGCUUCUGACUUCAGGGACGAAACUCAGUGAAGGGUGAGUAGACCUCCGUUGCUGGUAGGCUGAUGCCGCCUCCACUACUAGGACAGCCAAUUGGAAGAUGCCAGGGCUUGCAAGAAGUAAGUUUCUUCAAAGAAGACCAUAUACAAAACCUCUCCACUCCACUGACCUGGUGGUCUUCCCCAACUUUCAGUUACACGAAUGCCAUCAGCUUGACCAGGGAAGAUCUGGGCUUCAUGAGGCCCCUUUUGAGGCUCUCAAGUUCUAGACAGCUGCCUGUGGGACAGCCCAGGGCAGCAGAGCUGGGAUGUGGUGCAUGCCUUUGUGUACAUGGCCACAGUACAGUCUGGUCCUUUUCCUUCCCCAUCUCUUGUACACAUUUUAAUAAAAUAAGGGUUGGCUUCUGAACUACAAAACAAA